AUGGCUAUAAAAUAUUGCUUGUUCAUAAUAAUUGCUUAUAUUGUAUUACUAUUCAGUGGCUGCAAUGGUGUGAUUAUUAACCGAGGGAAUUCUACUUAUAGUAACAUAAAAUUUUACACUUAUGUCUAG